UAUUUACGAAAAAUCCUCCAUACGCCCACUGUGUCUUAACUUGUGUCAAACGCUUUUAACAGGGAGAAAAAUGACAGAAGCAACUACACCCUUGAUGCCACCCUCAUCAAACAAGUUGCCAGAUUACAACAAAUCAGUUAAGUUGAAAUAUGUUAAACUUGGUUACCAUUACCUCAUUACUCAUGGAAUGUACGUCUUAUUAACUCCUCUAGUAGCUGUGGUUGCUGCUCACAUGUCAACACUUACUCCUCAAGAUCUUUCUGAAUUAUGGGACAAUCUUCAAUACAACCUCAUCUCUGUAAUUUCAUGUUCAACACUCAUAGUACUCGUAUUAACGGUCUACAUUGUAACACGUCCUCGCCCUGUAUACCUUGUGGACUUUAACUGCUACAAGCCUGGUGAACCACAUAAGUGCACAAUGCAGACUUUCAUGGAUCAGUCUAGACUAACUGGUGCAUUUUCCGAGGAGAAUCUUGAUUUCCAACGAAGGAUUUUACAACGAUCGGGGCUAGGGGACAACACAUAUUUCCCUGAGGCCUUGCUCAACAUACCUCCUAAUCCUUCAUUGAAAGAAGCUAGGAAAGAGGCAGAGACGGUUAUGUUUGGUGCUAUCGAUGGUCUAUUGGCUAAAACAAACGUGAAAACGAAGGAUAUUGGAAUCUUGAUUGUGAACUGCAGCCUGUUUAAUCCAACUCCUUCUUUGUCUGCAAUGAUCAUAAAUCAUUAUAAGCUUAGAGGGAACAUAGCUAGCUAUAAUUUAGGUGGAAUGGGGUGUAGUGCAGGGGUAGUUUCUAUUGAUCUUGCUAAAAAAUUACUUCAAGUGCAUGCAGGUACAUAUGCAUUGGUUGUUAGUACAGAGAAUAUUACACUCAAUUGGUAUCUUGGAAAUGACAGAUCAAAAUUAGUGUCAAAUUGUUUGUUCAGAAUGGGAGGUGCAGCUAUACUUCUUUCAAAUAAAUUGACAGAGAGAAGGAGAUCAAAAUACCAACUUUUGCACGCUGUUCGUACAAACAAAGGUGCAGAUGACAAGUGUUUUGCUUCCGUCACACAAGAAGAGGAUGCUAAUGGGAAACUAGGUGUUUCUUUGUCGAAAGAACUCAUGGCAGUGGCUGGAGAUGCCUUAAAAACCAACAUUACUACUCUUGGACCUCUUGUGUUACCGAUAUCUGAACAAUUGCUUUUCUUUGCUACGCUCGUUGGGAAGAAACUUUUUAAGAUGAAGCUGAAGCCUUAUAUUCCUGAUUUCAAACUAGCAUUCGAGCAUUUCUGCAUUCAUGCUGGUGGAAGAGCUGUUUUAGAUGAAAUAGAGAAGAAUUUACAUCUUACUGAAAUGCACCUCGAGCCAUCAAGAAUGACAUUGUAUCGUUUUGGAAACACUUCGAGCAGCUCUUUAUGGUACGAGAUGGCUUAUACGGAAGCUAAGGGAAGAGUGAAGAGAGGUGACAGAGUGUGGCAAAUAGGAUUUGGUUCAGGAUUCAAAUGUAAUAGUGCUGUAUGGAAGGCUUUGAGGACUAUAAAGCCAGUAAAGGAAGUGAAUCCAUGGAUGGAUGAGAUAGAUAAGUUUCCCGUGGACGUUCCAAGGGUAGCAAACUUUUAAAGACAUAGUCG